AUGUCCCAGAGGGAGGAGCUCGGGGGAGGAUCUGGCUGGAGGGACGGUGUCUCUGGGCUGGUCUGGGGACACCCUGAGGUCCCAGCAGAGGAGCAGGAGGAAGUGUCUGGGUUCCCCUCAUCCUCAGGGACGGCCGGUGGUCACAGAGAGAGCGAGGAGAAGGAGCGAGGAGAAGGAGCGAGGAGAAGGAGCGAGGAGAAGGAGCCAGGGACUCGGGGGCAGAGAGCAGGGCGAGCCGGGCGAGCCGUGGGGGGGAGCCUUACGCCCGCGUCUGGGUGGUUUUCUCGGAGCGAGCGGGCGUCGUGGAUGGGAGAGGAUGCACUGUGGGCUGCUGGAGGAGCCGGACAUGGAAUCCACAGAUUUAAAGUGAGGCUGAAGCUGAAGCUGAUCAGGCCUGCUCAUUAUUCCUCGGCCGUGCAUCGUCUGAAAGCGUCUCUCAGUCAGAAACCGAGCAAAAGGAAAGAGGACAAGAGUUGGAUCGAGCGGUGCCUCAGUGAAAGUGAAACCAAACGUUACUCGAGUCACACGUCUCUGGGAAACACGUCCACAGACGAACACGAAGAGAAAGAAAAUAACAGAGCAUCUAAACCACACUCCACACCCGCCACGCUCGAAUGGUUGGAGGAUAACUACGAGAUCGCGGAGGGCGUGUGUAUUCCUCGUAGCGCCCUCUACAUGCACUACCUGGACUUCAGCGAGAAACACGACAUGCAGCCGGUCAACGCCGCCAGCUUCGGAAAGAUCAUACGGCAGCAGUUUCCAGCGUUAACAACCAGACGCCUGGGGACAAGAGGACAGUCAAAGUAUCACUACUAUGGAAUCGCGGUGAAGGAAUCGUCCCAAUAUUACGACGUGAUGUACUCGAAAAAAGGCGCCGCUUGGGUGAACGAGACGGGCAAGAAAGAAGUGACCAAACAGACAGUGGCGUAUUCACCGCGAUCCAAACUCGGGACCCUUCUGCCAGAGUUCCCAAAUGUCAAAGACCUAAAUCUGCCGGCCAGCCUGCCAGAGGAGAGGGUGUCCACCUUCAUCAUGAUGUACCGAACACACUGUCAGAGGAUACUGGACACUGUCAUCAGAGCCAAUUUUGAUGAGGUCCAGAGUUUUCUGCUGCACUUUUGGCAGGGCAUGCCGCCGCACAUGCUGCCCGUGCUGGGGUCGCCCACCGUGGUCAACAUCGUGGGCGUCUGUGACUCCAUUUUGUACAAGGCCAUUUCUGGAGUGCUCAUGCCCACGGUGCUUCAAGCUCUGCCCGACAGUUUGACUCAGGUUAUACGGAAAUUUGCCAAACAACUGGACGAGUGGCUUAAAAUCGCACUUCACGACCUCCCGGAAAACCUGAGGAAUAUCAAAUUUGAAUUGUCCAGGAGGUUUUCUCAGAUCUUAAAGCGGCAAACAUCUCUGAAUCACCUAUGCCAGGCGUCCCGGACAGUGAUAAACAGCGCGGACAUCACGUUCCAGAUGUUGGAGGACUGGAGGAACGUGGACCUGAGCAGCAUCACGAAGCAGACGCUCUACACGAUGGAGGACUCCCAGGACGAGCACCGGCUCCUCAUCAUUCACUUGUAUCAGGAGUUUGACCGUUUGCUGGAGGAACAGUCUCCCAUCGAGUCGUACAUCGACUGGCUCGACUCCAUGGUGGAUCGCUGCGUCGUCAAGGUGGCAUUGAAGAGGCCCGGCUGCUUGAAGAAGGUGGCCCAACAGUUCCUGCUGAUGUGGUCGUGUUUCGGGACCAGAGUCAUUCGGGACAUGACGCUCCACAGCGCCCCCAGCUUCGGUUCCUUCCACUUGAUCCACCUCAUGUUUGACGACUACGUGCUUUACCUGAUGGAGUCUCUGCACUGUCAGGAGCGAGCCAACGACCUGAUGCGAGCCAUGAAGGGCGGCGCCACAGAGGACGACUUCUCCCUCACAGAGACCACCCCGCCCCCCCCCCCCUCCCCGGGCUCCUACUCCCCCGCCCGCUCCGUCCAUUCCGCGGGCGUGUCCUCGGCCGGCUCCCCCUCCCCCGAGUACCCGGGCGUACCCACGACCACAGGCGCUGUUCAGUCAUAUACCUGGUCCCUUACCUACACAGUGACCACAGCCGGAGCCUCGGCUGCAGACGCCGGACACCAGCUGCCCUGCAUGAGGAGCGGCGCCCAGGCCCCGCCCCCGACCUCUGCCCACCGAGUGCCCGUCUACAGAGAGGAGCACGGGUACACGGGGAGUUACAACUAUGGAGGUUACACCAACCAGCAUCCUCACGCGCUGCAGGGCCAGUACACGAGUCUGGGACAUGAGUCUGCGAUCGGCUCGCCCCUGCACUACUCCACCUACCACCGCUCCUCUGCACAGUACCAGCUCAACGGGCAGAUGUCCAGGAUGGAGCCCUGUCUCAUGGGCAGUACCCCUCGUUUGCACCCGGCACCUGUCGCCCCCCGGUGGCCAGACGUGUCUCCGGUGAACAGCUGUUACUCCAGCCCACCUAUGCAUUCUUCACGCUACGCUGCGUCUGGAGACAUGUACCCCUCCAUCGGCUCCCGCAGGAACACUGAGUACGAACACGCACAACACUUCCCAGGAUUUGCCUACAUCAACGGAGAAGCCACGACCGGCUGGGCCAAAUGACCGCGACCCGCCGGGCCGAAUGACCGCGACCCGCCGGGCCGAAUGACCGCGACCCGCCGGGCCGAAUGACCGCGACCCGCCGGGCCGAAUGACCGCGACCCGCCGGGCCGAAUGACCACUGGACUUCAGCAGAAGAAGAAUAAAGCCGAGUGAAGCAGGAGUGUGGUGGACACGAGCACGAGCUCGAUCAGGAAAGAUGAAAUGAACAAAAAUAUGACUUUAAUGAUUUUUGGACCAAUUAAAUAAAUGAUAAAGAUCGUCCAAACCUGCAGCAAAGAGAGAGAAGAACUGCUGCUGCCGAGAUGUGCCUUUGAGUUUCAGAAUGUCCCUGUGAGACCACAGACCGCAGACCACAGACGACAGACCAGAUACCACAGACCGCAGACCACAGACCAGAUACUGUAGACCACAGACCAGAUACCACAGACCGCAGACGACAGACCGCAGACCACAGACGACAGACCAGAUACCACAGACCGCAGACCACAGACGACAGACCAGAUACCACAGACCGCAGACCACAGACCAGAUACUGUAGACCACAGACCAGAUACCACAGACCGCAGACGACAGACCAGAUACUGUAGACCACAGACCGCAGACCAGAUACCACAGACCGCAGACCAGAUACUGUAGACCACAGACCAGAUACCACAGACCGCAGACGACAGACCAGAUACUGUAGACCACAGACCGCAGACCAGAUACCACAGACCACAGACCGCAGACCAGAUACCACAGACCGCAGACCACAGACCAGAUACUGUAGACCACAGACCAGAUACCACAGACCGCAGACGACAGACCGCAGACCACAGACCAGAUACCGUAGA